CAGUUGAAGGUUAGCGUCUGGUCAGCGUCUCAGCGCCGUGUAGAUCUCUGCGGGUAAACGCAUGGCAUGCAGUUGUGUUGACGCAACCAUCAGAUCAUGAUCUCCCGAAGAACUCCAUUUUGAGAAUUCCCCAGUUUUCAGUAAACGUCGGGUUUUAUACCAUCCUUCUUGUAAGAAAACCCCGUCAGACAUUCACGUUUGUCUUUCAAUCGCUGGAUGCAAGUGGACCUCUUUACCUUAAAGUGACAUCUUUGCGUCGCGUGCCGCUGUUCCGAAGUGUCAUCCCGAUUGGAACCUUUUGACUCCAGACUGGAUAAUUGGCGAUGUUUGGGGUUGUUUUGCUGUGCAUAGGAAUAUGCUUGGCAUUAUAUGCAUACUCGACCUCGACGUUCAAUUACUGGAAACACCGCGGUGUCAUCUACGCCCGCCCCAUCCCCUUCUUCGGCAACAUCAAACCCGUCAUCACCUUCCAAAGGACAUCCGGACAAUGUCUCCAAAGCAUCUACAAUCAAUUUCCUGAUGAGCCCUUCGUGGGGAUGUGGAUGAUUCGAAAACCAACAAUGCUGGUUCGGAGCCCGGAGAUGAUCAGAGAUGUUCUGGUGAAGCACUUUCAGGAUUUUAUGGACCGCGGGCAUCCCUUCGACGAGAGCCGGGAACCCAUCACAGCUCACUUGGUCAACCUCACCGGCGACCGGUGGCGCCAUCUCCGGCAAAAGCUGUCUCCGGCCUUCACGACUGGCAAACUCCGGCUCAUGACCGACUUACUCGUCAAGUGCGGCGAGACACUCUCGGAUUACGUUUCGCACUUGCUUGAAACGGAGCAAGGCAGCCGCCUCGAAAUCCGAGAGCUGACGGCGAAAUAUUCGACGGACGUUAUCGGCUCGGUGGCGUUCGGUCUGGAGUUCGAGUCCUUCGCCGCAGAGGAUGCUCCAUUCCGUGCCAUGGGCAGGAAGGUCUUCUCCCCCUCGAUGAAGUACGCCGUCUCCAUGGUCGUGCGCCAGUUCUUCCCCGACGUCUACAACUACCUCGACCUCCGCAGCUUCCCCAAGAACGUCAACAACUUCUUCGAGGACCUCACCAAGGACACGAUGGAGAUGCGCAAGAAUAACAAUAUCCAGAGGAACGACUUCAUGCAUCUCCUGUUGAAGUUGAAGGAGGAAGAGGAAAGAAUCCAAACCGAAAACAAGAGCUCCACAGCGUUCGAAUUUAGUAUGAAAACUGUAGCAGCUCAAGCGUUUGUGUUUUUUGCGGCCGGUUUUGAGACGACGUCGACAACAUUGAGUUUUUGCCUCUACGAGUUGGCACUCAAUCCUGAAAUUCAAAUAAAGGCUGUUCAAGAGGUCCGGAACGUAAAAGAAAAGUAUGGGAUGCUAUCCUAUGAAAGCACUCAAGAAAUGACUUAUGUUGAACACAUCAUUGAAGAAACUCUAAGGAAACAUCCGCCAGUGAUGAACUUGUCCCGAAUUUGCACCCGGACAACUACCAUCCCCGGGACCAAAAUAGAGAUCGAAGAAGGCACGAAUGUCAUGAUCCCUGUUUAUGCUAUCCACCAUGAUCCUCAAUACUAUCCAAAUCCAGAGGUCUUCGAUCCGGAGAGAUUCACGCCUGAGAACUCCAGGAAAAGACCCAACUUCACUUUUCUCCCAUUCGGCGAUGGACCUAGAAUUUGCAUAGGAAUGCGUUUUGCGUAUAUGGAGAUGAAGCUGUGUCUUGCUCAAUUUUUGGAGAAAUUUCACGUCAGCCCAUGUAUCAAAACAACGAUACCUCUACGUUACAGUAAAUCAUUUUUAUUGCGACCAGAGGGAGGACUCUGGCUUGGUGUAUCCUCUCGUAUAAAAACAGAGGAAUAUUCUAUUUGAAUUUCUUCGUAAAAUUCUCAUUUUGAACGCUCUUGAGUAAUAUAAUUUUCCAAUGGCAUACAUUCAACCACUGCCAAGGGUUUAUAUUUAAAACCUGCUACAAUGUAUAAUUUCAAUAUUUAGUUUAUGUGAUAUCUAGCUUACUUGGAUUAUAUAUUUAUUGUUAUUCUAGGGUCAGUAUAAGUAUUAUUUUUGAUCUCA